AUGACAGUACCUGAUGCCGGUACAACCAUGGAUCUUCCAGGAGGCUUUACGAGUAUUGCAAACCUUCUGGACGAAAAGAUCACCGCGGGAAGUUUUGUCGAUAUCAUCGGCAUCGUCGUGGACUUUCAAAAACCCAUUCCUACCAAGGGAACAGGCACGUCGCAAGACCCCGUAGUGGAUGGUGCAGCAAUUCGAAACUAUAAAGCCACGAUACGACUCUUCGAUUUUUCAGGCAUGGAAGAGUACAAGGACAUAGAGUUCAAUCUCUUCAGGCCUGAAAAUGAGAUGCCUGACGUUGGGUCAGGGGAUAUCGUUGCCAUCUACAGGGCGAAACCAGCAUCACGCCCCUUGAUGCUCUCAAAGCAGGACGCGAGUCGCAAACCCGCCCUGAAAGACGAAAAAUACAUGUCCUGGCUCUUUCACAACGUCGACAAGAGCUUCAUACCUGAUGUGGAACAGUUCAAUAUUCAGGCCACACGCUCACUCAAUGUCAAGAAUAAACUUUGUGAACUGAAAGAUGCCAAAGAUGGUACUUUUCAUGACAUUAUUGCCCAAGUUGUCCAAGAACCCCACGACUAUGGCGACAAGAUUCGACUCUAUGUCUCGGACUACACCGAGAAUUCUGGCUUCUUCAACUACAUGAGGACCGGUCAGCCCGGCGAUAAUUCCAGAGACGGUGACCCGUACGGUUACACAUCCGGCAAAGCCAGCACAUCGUCAAACUGGAACGGCCCUUUGGGGAAGAAGUCUCUCCAGGUCACCUGUUGGGAGCCACAUGCAACUGUCAUCAGAAAAAGAGUCAAAAAUGGUUCUUGGGUUCAUCUACUCAAUGUCCAGUUCAAGUUUGGUUCAAACUGCCAGAACCUCGAGGGUUAUCUUCGCCAAGAUCAGAACGCUUUCCACAACAAGAUUUAUGUUGACGUCCUUGAUCCAUCCGAGCAGUCCGAUUACAUUCACCCGAGCUUGAAGAAUGCCAUCAGACGGAAGAGGGACUGCGAAAAGGAGGAAAAAGCUCAGCGCAAAGGCCUGCAAUCAACCCAGGCAACGAGCAAGAAGCGCUCGAAGGCGGACCAACCAGAGGACAAGCGUCCGAACGCAAAGCAGAGACGCGCCAUGCAAAGGGCUCAAGCUGCAGAAAAGGCAAAGCAGGGUGAAGCUCCUAUAGAGGUCCAUCUCAACUCGCAAGUCGUCGCGGAACAUCCCGAGCAGGCGAUAGUCCCCGUGUCUGUCAUUCUGGAACCAACAAAGUACGAGACCACUUACCAAGGUGCUCCCCUUUUACUCGACCUCCCCUUCAACUGUGCUAAAUACCGCACCAACGUACGCGUAAUCGACUUCUACCCAAACAGGCUCCAGGAUUUUGCCCGUCCCCGCCGCAAGCAAACAGAAUACGACGUCCUCUCGGACUACUCUGGGGAAGAAUCGGAGUCGGAGUCGAAGACAAAAGGUUGCACACUCGAUAGUCACAUGAGUAGCAGCGACCAAGUUUGGGAAUGGCACUUCGCUCUCCGUCUCCAGGAUGCCACAGCCGUGGCUAACGACCCCAAAAGCCGGAAAGAAAACAGCUUCUGGGUCGUGGUACGUAACAUGGACGCGCAGCUUCUGACAAAUCUGGACGCCUGCGACCUCCGCGUGAGUCCCGACGAGCUGGCACAGCUGCGGGAGAAGAUGUUCAUCCUCUGGGGCGAUCUUGAAGAGAAGAAGACCAAGGAAUUGGCAAACAAGAGCAAGAAGCAAAAAGGCACCGUGGGUAAGAAGAUGGCGAACGAUCGGCCGCUAGACAGUUCCGACAACGAGGGACCCGGCGCGCCGUCAAAGGAGACCGAGGCUAUUUCGAACCGGCCUUUCGCCUGCUGCAUCUACCAGUAUGGCAUCCGGGUCAAGGAGUCGAAUCCAGACAAGGCGAACGCAGGCGAAAGCAAGCGAUGGAAGCGGAUGUUUGGGCUUUUUGGAACCAAGAUUUGUUACAAAUAA